UUUUCUUUGGCGGCGACGAUAUUGGAAUACUUAAAAGAAUCGAAAUCACCCAAACCAUACCCUAAGAUUAAAAUGAUACCGUGGAGAAUACCAUUUCCCUUUCCGAAGGUAAACACUCGAAAAUUUUGUACGGUAUCUGUCAAAAGAGCGCGGUUUGCGAUCCAGCAGGCUUGGAAGCAAAGGGACGCGGGUAAGUGUGAAGACACAACUUUCAAAGUGAAACACGCGAAAUUGUACACCACAGUUCCUUCAAGCAGUGAGGAUGUAAACAUUUCUUCAGUCUUGACUCUAAACGACGGUGUAAAAAUCCCCAUCUUUGGAUUGGGUGUCUAUCAAGCAGGGUCUGGUGAGGAAACUCGAAAUGCUGUACGAUGCGCUUUGGAAAAUGGCUACAGACAAAUUGACACUGCUGCUAGAUACGAGAACGAAGAUAGUGUAGGCGAUGCCAUCAAGGAGAGUAACAUUCCUCGUGAAGAUAUAUUUGUCGUCACAAAGUUGUAUGACGAUGAUCACGGUUUUGACAAAACGCUAGUAGCGUUCAACAAGAGCUUAGGAAAAUUAGGAAUGGAAUACGUGGACUUGUAUUUGAUGCAUUCCCCGGUUCCCGAUAAUGUUGUACCUUCAUGGAAUGCUAUGAUCAAGCUACAGCAGCAAGGACUGAUUAGGUCAAUAGGUGUGUCCAACUUUGGUAUUCACCACCUUGAAGAGUUAAAGAAGCACUCAACUGUUGUACCUUCUGUCAACCAGAUUGAAGUUCAUCCCUUUUUACAAGAAAAUGAUGUGGUCAACUACUGCAAAAAGGCAGGCAUUGCCAUUCAGGCUUAUUCACCAUUGACAAGAGGCGAGAAACUUGACCACCCAACAGUUAAAGCUGUUGCUGAUGAGCAUGAAAAAACUCCAGCUCAGAUUUUAUUGAGAUGGUGUUUACAGAAGGACUAUAUUUGUAUUCCAAAGUCUAGUCAGUCAACCCGCAUUGUAGAAAAUGCCAGGAUAUUUGACUUUCAACUGUCUGUAGAGGACAUGGAUGUUCUAGAUGGGUUAGAGGAAGGUUUUAGGACUGGAAGACCUAAAAUACAAGUACCAUGGAAGGGAUAGUGGUACGAAUAUUGCUGUCACAUAAACAAAGAAUUAAUAUGCUCCAGGAGUCCAAUAUGCAAAUACAUGUACUAUAGGUAUGUUACAAGAAAUAAAAUUUAGCCCUUAAACUCCCGCGAGUGACCACAAGAGAACUAGUCUUCUCCUGACAAUAUCAAUACAAUAUCAAGCAGAGAGGUAAUGAGAAUAAGGAGAAAAGAAAAUCAAGGACUUA